AGUUCUACUCUGAUUUCUGUUGGUCAGGUGUAUCGUACUAGUCACCUUUCUGAACUUGGUCGCUGUGUUGCGAGCAACCUUAAUUGCAACAAUGUCGAACAUCUACAAUUUAGAGCCCCCUACCAAGGGCAAGGUAAUCCUGCAUACAAGCUUGGGCGAUCUGGAGGUAGAAUUAUGGCCAAAGGAAGCACCUAAGGCCUGUCGCAACUUCGUCCAGCUUUGCGCGGAGGGGUACUAUGAUAACACCAUCUUCCACCGGAUUAUCAAGGACUACAUCGCGCAGGGGGGCGACCCAACUGGCAGCGGGACGGGCGGGGAGUCCAUCUACGGGGAGCCGUUCAAAGAUGAGUUCCAUUCCCGCCUUCGGUUCACCCACAGGGGUCUGGUCGCCUGCGCCAACCAGAAUGAGCCGCACACCAACGGCUCGCAGUUUUUCAUCACGCUGGAUAAGGCGGACUGGCUCAACAACCGCAACACCAUCUUCGGCCGCGUCGUGGGCGACACGGUGUACAACAUGCUGCGCUUUAAUGAGCUGCCGGUUGACGACAACGACCGGCCUCUGGACCCGCCGGUGAUUCGCGAGGCUGAGGUGGUGUGGAAUCCCUUUGACGACCUGGCGCCCCGAGUGGACCGAGAGGCGCUGAAGGCGGAGGCGCAGGCGCAGAAGGCGGCUGCCGAGGCUAAGAAGCGUGCCGCGGGACGGACCAAGAACUUGGCGCUGCUGUCAUUUGGCGACGAGGCGGAGGCCGAGGAGGAGGAGGCGGUGCAGGCAUCUACGCAGGCUGCGCGGCGCGGCACCAAGAUUCGCUCCGCUCACGAUGUGCUGGAGGACGAACGGCUUGCUAAGGAGCGGGCCAUAGAGGAGGCGGAGCUGCAGCGCAUAGCAGCUGAGCGCCCAGCCAAGCGGCCAAAGCAGGGCGGCGGAGAGGGGGCCGGCGCAGGGGAUGCGCUGGCCAGGGCUAAAGCGGCCGUGGAGCAAGCCGUGGGGCGUGCGACACGCGGCGGCGGCAACGAGCAGGCAGACGAAGACGACGGCGGCGAGCUGGAUGCCGAAGACGAUGGCAAAGGCGCGGCUGCCAAGGCGGCCUCCGCCGCCUUCGCGGCCUCCAUGCGCGCCAAAGUCAUGGCGGCACGCACACAGGCAGGGGAUGAGCCCAAGGCGAAGACAGCCAGGGACGUGGGGCGCUCAGGGUCUCGAGACCGCGACGAGGGCGGCCGCCCCAGCCCCAGUGGCGACGAGGACGACGGCGGGAAGCGGCGCGGCAGCGGCCGGGACGCCGGCGGCUCUCGGAACUACUUGGCGGAGCGGCAGGCAGAGCUGGAGGCCAUGCGGCAGGAGGCCACUAACCGAACGUACGGCAGGGUUAAGGCCGUGGCCGAGGUUGCGGACGGCGACCUGUUGAAGCCGUGGCAACUGAACCGGGAGCGCUACAAGGCGCGCAAGAAGGCAGUGGGGGAUCGCGAGAAGGAGACGCUGGCGCGACUGUCUAAAUUUACAUCGGCACUCAGAGGUGCUCCGUCUGCUGCUUCCAAGAAGCCUGAUGCCCCGGCAGCAGGAGGAAAGCCAUCAACCGCACGCUCAGGCGAUGAAGCCGGCCCCGCCGCCGCCGAUGUUGGCGCCAGCGGCAAGGACGCCGGCGGCUAUGCGGGCAAGGUGCGGUCCGAUGUGGACCACCGCGCAUACAUGCCCGCGGCGUGGCGUGUAGACGGGUACCUAGAGGAGGAAGAGGACGUGGAGGGUGGAGGCGGCGGAGGCGACGCGCUGGCGAGCCUGCGGGAGCAUCGCUUUGAGGCGGGCAAGGAGCGCAAGGACGCCAUGGCCCGCGACAUGGACAACCUGGAUGACUAUGUGGUAUAUGAUCCCCUCCUGGAAAAGGGCAAAGGCAAGUGGAGCGCCGCUAAUCAGCGCGAACAGAAACGGCAGAACGAGUGGGCUGGUCGGGCCAACAUGUGAUGGGCUGCGAGAAUGUUGUUUGCUUGCAUGAGCCGGAGUCCAGGACCAAAAGGGCGGGCACGUUGUGGCAGUCCAGCCGCAGCGUAUUUAGUUAAGCGGAUUCAGGAUACUACUGCCAUACUACGCACCGUCACUGGCCAGUUACGCUCGGUGGAUCGCUACUCGCCUCCCAUCCCUUGGGACCUUGUGCCACUGCUUGUCGUACCCUGCCGACCGCGCUGAGGUUGGGAUUGGGGUAGACGGCCACGGCGGCCGCCUGGCCAAGGGGGAAGAGCAGGUGCUUGGCCAGAAGCAGGAAAGGUAACGUGGUCCUGGCCUGCAGCUGGUAACACAUGCACCGGUGCCGCAUUCAAAGGUUAACGCUGGGCGUGAGGAACGGCGUGAGGAAGCGUGUGUUCUGGGCAGGCUGGUGGUGCUGAGCGUUGUAUACUUGCGGCUGCGCCUGGCAUAGCGGAAACUGCUGUUGUUGUUGCUGGUUGGUUGUGAUUUGGUGUAAUGCCGCAGCCGCAGCGAUGCUUAGGACAUGUCGAAGACGCGCCGGAUCUUGGGCCAACUGAGGAGUAAUGCUCAGGAGUAAUGUAGAUUUGCUGCAUGGUCCAGGCAGACACCUCUUAACAGACAACCCUUCUCAAUAGCGCUAUUGAACUUGGCCAGGAAAAAGUCCUCAGAAAACAGAGCUUGUGAAAACAGAGCUUGUGAAACGAGGGGAUAGACGGAGUGUUAGACUGUCAACCGCACGUGCCUGAUGCAAGCUCAAGGACACAUGCAUGGACUCGUUCAGGCAGGCCGCAAGCGUGAAUGCAUGAUUGGCGGCGCCUUGGCAGGCGUCAGUGGGCGCCAACGGGGCGGCUGGUGUUUCUUGCCUAUCAUGGCGCCCAAGUCGGCAGCCUAGAGAUACACACUAGGCGCUCUUGUGAUGGUGGUUGUCAGCAGCACAUUGGUGGUUUGAUGUGUCGUACUCUCGUUGUUGCUACCGUAAGCACGGGGACGGAUACCG